GAACGAUUCGCUCUUGGAAACUUCGCAACAUCGAUCCGCUGGGGGUAGUGUUUGAAAAAAGUGUUAUGCAUUCUACGGCCUGCCGCUGCUGGUCCUAGGAGCGCGAGUGCUGUUCUUGAGUUUUUCCUCCUUUUUCGGUUUUGCGGCCGUACCAAAAAACGGCACACCGUCAAACAGGCCGUGGCGCCUACCGAGCGCAACACAAGAACGAACGAAUUUUACUCCAUCGAGACCGACGUCUGUGAGUGCCUGCACAGGAUUGCAACUACUAAAAACAGCAACCCCAAAAAAAAAACAAAAAGUAUAACGGAAAAACCCCCCCUCUGAGAAAAAAAAAACCAUCCUGUUUCCAAGAUCCGUCACAGCAGCACCUUGUGGAACGUUUAGAAAUUCCAUGUGAUUACGUGAUACCCUACCUAUACGUCGUACCGUUUGGACGCGCGCGUUCGAAUCGCACACCUAGUCAGAUUUUUUGGGGGAUACCCGUGUGGCACAACACAAACCCCUCCAGCUCCUGGAAUGGAACAUCUUCCCCCGGUCCGGAGCGCCCAGGAACCGUGUUCACGCUGAAUCGUUCGAAACGCGCGUUAUACGCGACCUUCUCCUCUCCGGUGCCCUCCAUGUGAUACGAAUUGCAACAAAACGGUCAAAUUAUAGUGGAACGAUAAAGCACACGCAACAAAAGAAGAAGAAAAAAAAACACCCCAGCACACGCGGUCGGUAAUCCUUCGAACAGCAAAAAAAACAAAAAAACAAAAAAAAGAAAUACCGUCUGGUGUCGAAAGCACUUCAGCUGUAGGUACUUCGUAGUUUCAGCACCAAUAUAUAGAGCAUAGAGCGCCUUUAGCCAUUAGCAUAAGCAAAUUUGCCUCGUAAUUUUCGCCUCGAAAACACCACACGUGUCACCUCGCCCGGAGCUGACGGAAGGAAGGAAGACAACUAGCGCAAGGAAAACCACCCCCUGCUCCGCACGGCAAAACAGCUGUACCACGCUCGUUGGGGUGGUAGCAAAGGCUAGCAAAUCGCAGUAACAAGUGUAGUGUAUAGAGUAACGCAUCGUAGCAGGCCCAACGUAGCAACCAUACCGUUUUGGGUGAAAUUUUAAUCGGAGUGAAAUGAUUACAAAACAUCAACCGUGUACGUCCCUGGGAUACGGCCAGGAUCUAGGUACUCGCGUACCCAUAACUGUUUGGUGGCCACACUUCACAAUAACCCGUUCGCAGUAGAAGAAGAAAAAAGAAAACAGGACUGUUCCGUGCCAGUGCAGUGGAAGAAGGGACACUCUUACACAAUCACAACCAACCAACAAAAUACGCAUUCGCGAUUCCCGUUUCCCGUCGACAAAUUUCACCACCCCAUGGUUGGGUGGGAGUUUGCAUAAUCUUAACAGUGGUAAAAAUUUUACACUCUCCUCCCACGCGCCCUAAAACCGCCCGCCCCCCCACCAACCCUUAACCUCGUACGAACGACUCAUCAUCAGCCGUGUGUGGGUGUAUGUGUGGUUCAACCCAUUGUAACUCCGGAGUGUUACAGGGAGAGAGAUUGUAGUGUGCAGCAGCAAUACUGGCCUCUUGCAUCGAUCGAUCUAAGAGGAAUGGUUUAACAAAACAGGCUGCGAAGAACGGGCAACCGAAUGAAACAAGUGGUCGGGAAGAGGGAUAGGUAAAACAACCAACAAAAAAAAGAAAAACAACACACAGGAGAAGGAAAAACAAAGUAUCGGAAAUCUUACACAAGAUACAUAUCUGUCAAUAGAGUUACGUAACGGACGAACCUCGUCGUCAUCGCCGUCGUUUGUUGUUCGUCGCCGUUUGUCGGAGUUUGCCGUCGACAUCGACAUCGUCCUUUCGUGCUCCGGACGUGCUCGGCGUGGCCAGCCAACGUGGCCCCUUUGUGUCUAUCCUGCUUCAUCCCUUCUCCUUCCAAACCGCACCCCACCGUACACGGUGUGGUGGAAGAGUGGCCGAGUGCAAAAAAAAACCCCCAGUGGUGGAUUGCCCCAACAAACUUUUCCUGAGGUAGGAUCAAAAACGCAACAAAACAACAACGAGAAUAAGGGCAAGAAAGAAACAUUUACACUCGAAGUAGGCGCUGGCAGUGGUAGUGUUGGAAAACCCGUGCAAAAAACCUCAGCAAACCAUGUGGUUUGUGGCUGCGGAGUAGUUAGUGGAUAUGUACACGAGGCACUCGCAAAAACCCGAAUGCACCGAAAGGAUGGGAUGCUGUUAUCGGUGUGCGCCAAGUUAUUAGUGACCAUUGGUGCUGUAUGUUUGCCGGUGAAUGAUACGAAUCAGUAGCGCUAUCUGCUUGAAAGCUUCCGAAGCUACUACUUCGGGCUAGUGUGUUGUGUGAUGUGGUAAAAUUGAAGAUACUAUUAAUGGUGGGUUUUUUCACCCCCCACGCGUGUACUGCAAAGUAAAAUAAUCGCGCCAUUUUGUCAAGCGGCAGCACGAAACGACCAGCAGACAUAUGUUGUUGAGUGUGAUUACAGUUUGCUACAUACGCUUCACAGCAAUAUUCAAGUGUUGCCCAUCUUCUCCGUUUCAAUAGGUGUGUUACAGCACAACAGUGGAUGCAAUAAUUGUACGGCUAAACAAUAACACCAAAACUUACUGCAACACAUACUGUACACACCAUCACCAAGCGGAUACUAUUAUCAGUCACAACCAACAAUUAGUAUUUAGCGAUAAGCCGAAGAAGAAAACAAAAUCAUUGUGAUAGCGAAAUGCCUCUCCUGUGUGAGUGUGUCGUUUGAUUGAUUGUUUUCAUUUCAUUCCCGUGCUGGUUUUACUGUCUGCCUUCUAAACUAACGUACUGAAAGGUACGCCAAAAACAGGAGCAAUAGCAAACGUGACCCAGGCCAAGUGUGUAGUGCAGUGCUGUGAACACGAAAAACGAACGAAGCAAUCCAAGUAGACGACGGCUGUACCGUGAAACCAGAAUCGGAACACGGAACACGUGGAAACAAGUUUCAUUGUGCAGUAUUACUACUCGUUUUUCCCCACCUAAGUAGUGUGUGUGUCGCGGAAGGAUCUAUUACACCACUGUGUACCACCAAUUGUUAUCCCACGCGUUUUGAAACGCUUUCGCCAACAAUAAGGCAAACCCACCAAAAGUGAAGAAAACAACAAAAAAAAGGUCGCGAAUCGAUCGAAAACUCAAGAUAAACGUGUACGGUGCUAUAGUGUGUUGCUAUUGUUUUUAUCCCGCCUUCUGCCGUGUUCGUUCUACGGAACCAAUCCCACCCGUCUCACAACCCUCCCCCUCUCUCGCCCACCCCCCACCCCCCACUGUUGUAACAUCCGAUUUUCAGCUCUCGCAUACAAGCGCAAAAAGCGCUCCCAUACUAGUAGUACACGGUACAACGGUCUCUUAUCCUGUUGUAGAGGAUAAAAUUUCGCGUGCCCGAUAAACGACGACCUCUCUCCCCCUUCCACGACUCCUCUCACACAUAAGACGACACACGAAACAAUCGAUAUCAUCCCCCAAAGUAGUGGCAGCACUUCCGCUCAAAACCCCUUUGCCUAAACCCCCACCGUACCCCCCGAAAAAAACUCAUCGCACGUCCACGUCGUAGCAGGAGCGGAAUCGUUACGGAACGACCGUUUUAGAAGUGUUUGCCGGAUAUAUGGUGUAUGUGUGUUAAAGCCUUGUGCCUGCUAGUUCACAUUGUUCGCAUAAGGAUGCUGAUGUGAUUGAUCAUGAUCUUGACGAUGAUGCUGAUGACGGUUGAUGAUGAUGAAGAUGCUGCCUAAAACGGGGUAAAGCAGGCAGGAUACAGCAGUCCCACGGCAAUUCGGGUUCCCUUCGGUACGGUUCUAUUGUGACCGGAGCUAUUGGAGAUACCGUAAUAAGGGAUAGUUGUCGAUGGUCGUCAGUUCCGAACACUCGCGUGACAAAAAAACCUAAGGUGGAGUAAAAGCGCACACAACACACGCAUACACACUCAACUAAGCGAAGAUAGAAAAAGCGACAAACCCCGUAAAAGAAAGUAAGGCGAAGAGAGAGAGAGAUAUAAAGAGAGAGCGAGAGAGCGAGAAGGAGAGAACAAAAAAAUCAGAUCAAAAGCUCAUCGAGAUGGAAGGAUGUACUUGUGAGGAUACGGCACGAGUACGGAUUUAUUAAGGAGUUUCACUUGCCGCCAACCUGAUUCAGACGCUCUGGAUGUGUUGAAAGAUGCCUUUAGAAAACUGUAAGCGGAAGGUACACAGUACUGGCGAUUACUGCAGCAAUCACAUUUUAAGCAGGAUUAUACACAUUCUAUCCCCGUCAUCCGUUCAUCUAGUGUAGAUGUGUGAAAAUGCCUUUUAAAAACUUUCAACGACGGGUUAGUGGUCCUGGUGCUUACUGCAACAAUUACAUACAGAGCAGGCAAGAAAACACGGAGUUUCUGCAACUUAGUCAAACCCAACUGCAUCAGUCAUCGGUGAACAUCGGGUUCAGUAACAUUGUUUACAAUAGUGCGAAUAGUGAACCACUCAACAGUUCCCGAAGUGGCUCGACAUCGUUAGCAGUGAUUGACAAAUCAACAACACCGAAGGCGGAUUCGAGUGACCAAAAGUCGGGCCCGAAGUACAACGAUCUUAACAAAACAUCGCUCUCGGUCGAGGAGAGCAAUCUGAACUUUAACUUCGUCAAGAGCAAUGGCAAGUCGGUGUCUGCAAACAACUGCAGCGGUUCGUACAAGGGUUUAGCGAGCGGUGGCACCAACAACGGUGCCGGAACCAGUUCGCAGCCGCCUGGUGGUGGUGGUGGUGGUGGGAUCGGUAGCAGUGGCAGCACAGCCGGCGGUACCUAUCCGUGCAAGAAAUGUGCGGUCAGCAACAAUCUUAGCAACCCGCCCACGUUGCACCUCGGAGGUGGUGACGGCCAGCACUACCAUCACGUGUGUCACGAUCCGUCGCACGAUAACGCAAACGCUAGCCUUAAAAAUUCGCCAGCCCAUGGCGGAUCGGGCUCGUCGGGCCGGGCAGCGAACAUCAUAGCAUCGUCGGCCCCGACCAAAUCGGGUGCAUCGGGCAGUAGCGGCAGUGGGGGCGGUGGCGGCAAGGGCAGCACCCUGAUCAGCUCCUGCCAGGGUUCGUUCCAUUCGCUGCAGGGCGGCGGUUCGAUCAGUGUGGACGGUAACGGGUCGACCCUACCGCCGUACGGCCAUCACAGCGUGUCGUCGAGCGGUGCCCAAACUGCAUCCGGUGGGUCGAUGCAACAUGCCUGCAGCAACCUGCUGUCGCAUCACCAGGUACAGCCCCGUCUGAGCUACUCCACCAGCCACACGGAUUCGCCGAACGGUAGCGGCACGGUACUGUACAACCGAUCGCGCAUCAACAGCCACAGCAACAGUGCGACGCCCGGUGAGCUCGAGCGGGGCGGCAGCGUAACGGGCGGCAGUAGCAACGGGGGUGCGAAACAUCAACAGCAGCAACAGCAGCAGCACGCCCCCAACUACAACGUGUUUAGUGUGAACUACGAGCGGAAAAGUGCCAGCAUCGGGGGUGUCGCCAGCGGUAGCGGUGCCGUCGGUGGGUACAGUGGUAACGGGGGCGGCGGUGGUGGUGCCAGUGGUGGCAGUAACGGUAACGGUAGCAAAACGAUAAACAAUAGUAGCAACAAAAGCAAUAAUAGCAACGGUGCGAUCAAUGCGUCCAACAGUGGGAACAGCUACAGCUAUCAUGCGAGUGACAUUAGCCAGCUGCGUAACAUCAUCGAGCUAAACAAGCAAGUGAACGAUCUGAACUCGAAGAAUGUCGAGUACAACCGGCAGCUGAGCGCACCGGCGGAGAACAAUAUCAACAAGAGCAGCAGCAACUGCUACAGCAACAGUGUCUACAACCUGUUUUCCAAUCACAUUUUGCCUCAGUAUCACAGCAAUUCGCCCAACACUAAUAGCUUAAACCGUGCGAAGAAGAAGCGUAGCUACAAGCUCAAUGGCAGCAGAUUGUUCAGUGCAGCCAGCUCCGAUUCCAUAAGGUUCCAUUCGAAUCUUUCGAAUCAAAACGAUACCGAUCUGCGGGUGUCGAUCGAUAAUACCUGCACGGACUCACUGGUGACUGCACUGGAUGAUGAGGCGCUGCUAAUUACCGACUACAUGAACGACAUGGCUAAAUCUAAGGUACAUUUUGAUGACGUGUCCCUCUAUGGUACACCGAAGGAGGAACCGCUUCCCAAUAUUCCUCCUUCCAUAGAGAAACCGUCAUCGAAUUUCUUAAAGAAUCAGCUGCAAGCAUGGUUCCAACCGACCGACAAUCGGCUUGCCAUGAAACUGUUCGGCAGCAAAAAGGCACUAGUGAAGGAACGAAUUCGUCAGAAAACGGCUGGCCACUGGGUUAUACAUCCGUGCAGUUCAUUCAGAUUUUACUGGGAUUUGUGCAUGUUGCUUUUGCUAGUAGCAAACUUGAUCAUCUUACCCGUAGCGAUAUCAUUUUUCAACGACGACCUGAGCACCAGAUGGAUCGCAUUCAAUUGCUUGAGUGAUACAAUCUUCCUUGUCGAUAUAGUGGUCAAUUUUAGAACAGGUAUUAUGCAGCAAGACAAUGCGGAGCAGGUGAUACUCGAUCCGAAGCUUAUUGCAAAGCACUAUUUGAAAACGUGGUUUUUCCUGGAUUUAAUAUCGUCCAUACCGCUCGAUUAUAUUUUUUUAAUAUUCAACCAGAUGCAAAAGUACAGUCAGGAUUUCUCCGAUUCGUUUCAACUGCUACACGCUGGCCGAGCCUUGCGCAUACUUAGACUGGCCAAGCUCCUGUCGCUGGUGAGGCUUUUGCGGCUUUCCCGGCUCGUGCGCUACGUCUCCCAGUGGGAGGAAGUCUAUAUACUUCAAAACCUACAAAAAAAGCAUUCUAAUCGAAGAGGGAGAUCCUUUCAAAAAGAACAAGCUAAAGGUUUUUCUAAGAGCAGCCUUAUUUUGAAGUUUCUCAACAUGGCGUCAGUGUUCAUGCGAAUUUUUAACCUAAUUUGUAUGAUGUUACUGAUCGGUCACUGGAGCGGUUGCUUACAGUUUCUCGUGCCGAUGCUGCAAGGCUUUCCAUCCAACUCUUGGGUGGCAAUCAAUGAACUACAGGAAGCUUACUGGUUAGAGCAAUACUCUUGGGCACUGUUCAAAGCGAUGUCGCACAUGCUUUGCAUAGGAUAUGGAAGAUUUCCCCCUCAAUCACUGACAGAUAUGUGGCUUACGAUGCUUUCGAUGAUAUCUGGUGCCACCUGCUACGCCUUAUUCCUUGGACAUGCUACCAAUCUUAUCCAGAGUCUGGACUCUAGUAGACGUCAAUAUCGCGAAAAGGUAAAACAAGUGGAAGAGUACAUGGCGUACCGGAAGUUGCCGCGCGAUAUGCGACAAAGAAUUACUGAAUAUUUCGAGCAUCGGUACCAAGGUAAAUUUUUCGACGAAGAAUGCAUUCUCGGCGAGCUGAGCGAAAAACUGCGGGAAGAUGUGAUAAACUACAACUGUAGGUCCUUAGUUGCUUCAGUGCCUUUUUUCGCGAACGCUGAUUCUAAUUUUGUAUCAGAUGUAGUGACUAAACUUAGAUACGAAGUUUUUCAACCUGGUGAUAUUAUAAUUAAGGAGGGAACUAUAGGAUCAAAAAUGUAUUUUAUUCAAGAAGGCAUUGUAGAUAUCGUCAUGGCUAAUGGAGAGGUCGCUACAUCACUGUCGGAUGGAUCAUACUUCGGAGAAAUCUGUCUGCUAACAAAUGCCAGAAGAGUCGCCAGCGUUCGUGCCGAAACCUAUUGCAAUUUAUUUUCUCUCAGCGUUGAUCACUUCAAUGCGGUACUGGACCAAUACCCACUGAUGCGCAAAACGAUGGAAACGGUGGCCGCGGAACGGUUAAACAAGAUUGGCAAAAAUCCCAACAUUAUGGCACAGAAGGAGGAAUCGGAAUCGGGCAAUACGGAAACCAAUCAAAUUAGUGCUGUAGUGAAUGCUUUAGCUGCUGAAGCUGAUAAUGUAGAUAAUUUAAGUGACGGUAAUGGUAGCAUGAAGAAGGGCACAUCGCAAUCCAGCUUGAACGAGCUCAAUCAAAGCUUGAAGAUGAGCUUACCCCGACCGAAGAGCGGCGAGUUUAGGGCCCUUUUUGAGGGCUGCAGUCCGUAAGCGGCCUUUUACAUGCGGUGUCACAUCCCGGUUUUCGCGUGAAGCGUACAGACCGCUGGGAUACCGGGGUGGAUGCACGUCUACGUAAAUGCGCCCCGGGCAACCGCUCAUGAUCGCAAUGAUGAUGGCGGUGAUCAUCACGAGUAUCAUGACGGACGAUCAAGGAUAAGCGACGAAGCAAAACCAAAAGAAAAAGAAACACACACAGACACAAUGAUCAAAUCAAGCAAUGAAAUAAUGGCAUCUACUCUUUUAGUGCAUAAGUGUAGCGAGCAACAGACGUAACAAACACACAAACAACCAUUGAUCUAGUACCGAUCACAUCACACACACAAACGCGCGCGCGCGCGCUUAGGGACGAACACGGCAAGGACGCGUUGCGUUACGUUUGUGGUGCAAUACUCGUAGUGGUUUUGUUGUCGAUCUUAGUUUUUCUUCUUCGGGUUAGGGUAAAGCUUGUAGAAUGAAAUCUGACAAAGUAUAUACAUACAUAUAUAUACAUAUAGGCGUAUAAGAAUAUACACAACAAACACGCGCAUAAAUAAAUUAUACUUGCGGGAAUGGAAGUAGAUCAGCGUAGCGCCAUUACACUCUUCUUUAGUUUCUUUGGCGAUAUAGUUGGUAGUAGUGAUCGCACCAGUGGGGAAAGCAUGCGUAAAACGGCAAAGCGAACGGCACAGCGUGUUAUUGUUGUUGAAGUAGUGACAAAAAAACAGGGAAAAACACAGCGCUACAAUUACAAAAGCACAUUGCAAAACAACACAAAGCAGCAGCAAACAACGAGAGAAGGUGAAAGAGGUGAAACCAUAGCUAAAUCCUUCGUUUCCUGCACUCAUCGGUAGUAUACUCAGGACUGCACCAGCACAACAUAACCUACUGUGAGCAAAGCUCUUCUUGUUCAAAGGGGUAGGGAAGAGAACGUCCCCAGGAAAACAGGGACAGGACGACGCUUGCCGCUUUGAUGUUGGGCGUGCUUUAGGUUUGUUUCUCUUCUUUUUUUUAAGCGAGCCAGCAAAACACGGCCGUACUGGGAACUGUAGGGUGGGGAAAAAGGGGGGAAAACUAGGAAAAAAAUGGCACAAAGAAAGUAAUAUAGCACAGCGCAAUUGCGCACCCGUAAGGAUGAAACAGGCGACAAAAGGGGAUGUAUGGGGAACGUUAGAACAAUACCAGAGAGAAACAAAACAAAAACCUUUAUUUACCUUGUGUGUUAAGGGUGGGUUAAGGAUAGGGAAAGGGGUUGGGGGGAAGCUGCCACAGGUGGAAGUGUUGAAGGGUAAGAACAAUUAACAAGAGGAAUUAGAAGGGGCCUUAGGCGCAGGAAAGAGAACUUCGUAAUUAAGUAGAGAUUUACAAACACUAAACAAAUACAACAAUUAAACAAACACACUCACACAAAGAAACACAGCGACAUGAUAUUAUAUAUAUACAUACACGUGGGUAGGAAUGUAAAUUGCGGUGCCAAUGCCACGGAAAGCAGCAGGAACUGGGACGGUGUUCACCUUUUCCGUUGCUGUCUGUAUGUGGCACUUGUACCGACCGGAAGCGGAGGAAACCAACUCGAAACAGGGGAAGGGGGAAGUGUGGGAAACACGGGGGUACACGGGUAAGCAUAACAAGCUGUGUGUGUUUGUGGGUGUAAAGGAAGAAGCGAAACCACUGUAGGCAAAAACGAAUUAUAAAGCAAAUCAAAACAACUAACCUCUUCACAGCAAAAAAGUUAGUGAAAGAGAAGCCGCUAACCUAAGCUAAAACAGAUAGGAAAGAGGAUGAACAGGAACAAAAAUACACGCACACACACAAAAGAGCCAGUGCGUGCGCGUACUAUAAGCACGCAUUCUCUGCGAAACAGCGCAACAUAAAAUCAAAUCAAAAGAAAGUGUUGAAUUUCAUGCAUUAAAGGGGUGGGGCGAAAAACCCUGCCCGCUCAACGACGAGGGAGCAAAACCGUUCAACAACAAACUAGAACUCUACAACAGUCGUGGGAAAGGGGUACCGGUUUAGUAGUAAUUACAAUAAGUAGUAGGCAAUGCAAAGGAACGACGCGAAAGCAGCGGGGUUUGGGACAAGAUUAGAAUGAAAAAAAAAUCAACAAUGCGCAUUAAAAGAAAAAUGGCGGACGGUGAAAGUUUAGUUGUUGCGUUCUUCAUUUAUGUGUCGCGUCUUAUUCGAAUUUUUCCUAUUUAAGUCCGUAGUGUGUAAUUGCAGUGGUAAAAAUGGUAACAAAAGAAACAUUACUUUCUUCGUAGAUCCGCGAACAGCAGCAGAAGCGCAAUUAUGUUUGCAGUGAUACAGCAGCUCUUUAGCAGAAACAACACAAACUAACUAAACAAUUAAAAAUCAGCUAUACAUCCACGGUUGGUUGGAGUUGGGGAUGGAUGAGGAAGGGAAGAAUAGGAGGAGGAGGAAGAGUGGGAGGAGGAGGGGUCGGGAAGAGAAGGGAGGUGGAAGUUGAACGCUAACUCUCUUAUACCGGGAAGGGGUGUGGGGGGGAACGGAAGAUGAAACUGAAAUCAUUCAUCCUCUCUUCCCAACUCCCGUCUUUAUCCCGUGCCGUAAGCAAACAAAAUCUAUUUAGUGCAAUUGAAGGGAAGGGCUGAGAAAAAAGAGAAGUGACUUUAAAGGAAGUUGACAAAAGAAACUCUCCCGUUCAAAAAUCAAAAAACAACUUACAACUCCUCCCCAGAAAAAAAGCAAAACAACAAACAACUCACCAAAAAAAAGAGCGUUGUAGAUAUAGUUGAUCGUCGUUUCAUGAUAGUUUAUUCAGCAUUACUGAUAGAUUAGCUGGCUUACACUACUAAACAGUGAUUGUGAAUAAAAACCUAGAAUGAACAAAAGCAA